AUGGCUGUGCCGACCCACGCUAAUCUCUCUUCGCCGGCGCCGCCCGCGUCUGCGGGCCACCCGGUCUCGUCAAAUCUAGUCUCACAGCCCGGAACUCCCAACAGGGGCACAUUUGGCACUGAAUUCUUCAAGAUCUUUACGGGUCCCAAAAAAGUCACGCGAGAUGGCGCGGCACCCAAACGUCGUGGACCCAAACCCGACAGUAAGCCCGCCUUGACCCGACGUCAAGAGCUCAAUCGGCAAGCCCAGAGAACCCAUCGCGAACGGAAGGAGCAGUACAUGCGCGCACUGGAGACCGAAGUGUCCCGAUUACGAGAGGCGUACACCAAUGAAAUCUCCGAAGCCAAGGUCUCCAUCCAGCAACACCAGGAGAUGCUUCAGAAGGCACAAAGUGAGAAUGACAUCCUGAAGGAAAUUCUCGCUACUCACGGGAUCAACUUUGCGUCGGAGCUGGAGCAACGAAUGGCGGAUCGGGGCGCCAUGGGAGGAUUUCACUCGAGUCCAGUAGCCCCGAGCAGCACAGGAUCAAACUCGGUUGCCUUUUCCAACACCCACCGGGCCAAUAACCAAAGCAUCACCCCGGCCACCUCCAUCUCUCCGGAACUCAGUCCACAGGCCGUGCAUAGUGUGGAGCAGCCUGAUCUGGCAGCCUCAAUGGGCUUCGCGCCCCAGCCACAGGUCUAUCAUGCCAGUCCCAGUGAGAACAUGGCGAUGGACCGUUCCUCUGCCGGUCGAAUUCUGGACCCGGCGGUACCGACCAUGCGAGGGGUCUUUGAAAGCGACCCUCAGCUUCAGAUUGACUUUAUCCUGACGCUUGAGGGUCCCUGUCGUGAACACACCGACUAUCUCUGUCGCCGCUCAAUCACCGAGGCGGACGAUGAGGAUAUGCCUUUCUCAGGCCACGCCUUGAUGGCCAGUUGCCCUCCACCUAGCUACAUUGCCAACACAACUUCCGAACAAACAUACCCACACAAGACCUACGAUCUCCCUCUGGCCAAUCUCAGCACCUUACUCAACCUCAGUCGCCAGCUUGUCACAGAUGGACAAAUCACGCCCAUCAUGGCCCUCCAGUGCCUCAAGAACCAUGAGCUCUACCAUUCUCUUCGACGCGAAGACAUUAAGAUCAUCAUCGAAACCCUCAAUACCAAAGUUCGCUGCUACGGCUUUGGAGCCGUCGUGGAAGACUUUGAAUUGAUUGACUGUCUCAGCAGCGUCCUUGGUACAACCGUAGACCUCACCACCGUUCGAGUCCGGGAUGACUCGAUGUAUGCGUGA